UUUAAGACGCGCUUCGCGAGGACAAACUAAGAAGCACCUGGACUGUGCGAAUAAUCAGAGAGGAUGUCCACUUUUCUGAAGUGAAGGACAUUUUAAGGCUUUCCAUUUCCCGGGUGAAACCUUCGUGGGAUAUUUGGGCUGAGUGGAGAGUCUGGAUUGACAAAUGCGCGUCCCCUUCGUCGCAUAUUCCACUGGGAUCAGGAUGAAGUGAAACCGAGAAUCUCAUCGAUUGUUUUGUUGUUGUUUUUUUGUUGGUAUUUUCACACCGCAGGUGAUUAACUGUUGGGACUGUUUCGUCUUUUUUCCAAAUCUGUCUCGCCUGCUCUGGUUUGGCACAGCGCGUGGGAAUAACAAGUUGAUAUUUGGAAACCGUGUCCGGGAAAUGACAGAGAUGUUCCUCGUGCCGUUUUUUGUGGGGACUAAAAACAUGGGCACCAUGUUAAAAAACGAUAGUUCGGACACACAUCUCCUUCCUGCUCCGUAGGACUUUUCUUCGCAGCGUGCUCUGUCAACGUGACCGUGAUGGGGAAAGAGAGGAUCCAAAUCCCUUAGCGCAGGAAGUGGAGCCCAGAUGAUUGAUUCUUUUUGUCAUUUACUCUCCCGAAAUUGUCGCGUAGAAUAAAACUUAUCUGGUACAAGGAGCGCAGGGAGAAUUGCUCUUUGAUUUUCUACCUGGCUGUCCGUGGAAAUGUGAACCCAGUGGAGACCAGUGCGCGCCACGCAGAGUCGCCAAGGCUGCAACGCACAACCCAAUUUUCCAUCGGGGGGAACCAGGCUUUGCACCGCGGCACCGCGUUCUCUCGCCUCCUCGUGCUUCUUUUCCAUCAAUGGCCAGUGGAUACUGAUUCUCCGUGGUGUUCACCGGCCAGAUGCGUCACCGAGGGCGAGACAGUGGCUGUCCUGUUCAGUAAAUCCUGGACACACCUUUUUUAAUGUCAAUCAAGAUCUCGGCUUGGUUGCCAUGACGAGCGAGGAGUGUCCUGUGCCGCUGGGGAGCAUCUCCUCAGCAGUGCCAGGGCAGACUGAGAAGUACAUCUCGGCACAGCCUGAUGACAUAAUCGAGGAAGUGGGUCCAGAUGAUGACGUCAGUAUCGACAGUGAUCUGAGCACAUUCGUGGUGCCCUACCCAGAGCUGGCGCCUGUGGUGUUUUUCUGCCUUAAACAGACCACCUGCCCUCGCAACUUGUGCAUUCGUAUGGUCUCCAGUCCAUGGUUCGAGCGGAUUAGCAUCAUGGUGAUCCUGCUCAACUGUGUGACACUCGGCAUGUACCAGCCUUGUGAGAACAUCGACUGUACCUCGGACCGCUGCCAGAUUCUGCAGGCUUUUGAUGCGUUCAUCUACAUCUUCUUCGCGCUGGAGAUGGUUAUAAAGAUGGUGGCUCUUGGGAUCUUUGGGCGUCGCUGUUACCUGGGAGACACCUGGAACAGACUGGACUUCUUCAUUGUCAUGACCGGGAUGGUAGAGUACUCUCUGGACCUGCAGAAUAUUAACCUGUCGGCGAUCCGGACAGUGCGGGUUCUACGGCCUCUCAAAGCCAUCAACAGGGUGCCAAGUCUGCGGAUCCUGGUGAACCUGCUGCUUGACACUCUGCCCAUGUUGGGCAACGUGCUGCUGCUCUGCUUCUUCGUCUUCUUCAUCUUCGGCAUUAUCGGCGUGCAGCUGUGGGCGGGGCUACUGAGGAACCGCUGCUACCCUGAGGAGAACUUCACCCUGUCUUCAGGUAUGGCUCUGCCGACGCCGUACUAUCAGCCAGAAGAGGACGAUGAGCGGCCCUUCAUCUGCUCCCUGCCGUCUGAUAACGGCAUCAUGUCGUGUUCGGAUGUGCCAGCGAGGCGCGAAGGAGGCCGCACCUGCUGCCUAGACAAGGAGGAUGCGCUGCACAGACAGGCUCUCGGCCUGACUCUGGAGCCGCUGGCCAAUGGUAGUGGUGCAAUGGGUCUGUGUAUCAACUGGCAUCAGUACUACACUCGCUGCCACACAGGGAACAGUAACCCACACAAAGGUGCCAUCAACUUUGACAACAUUGUCUAUGCCUGGAUUGUCAUUUUUCAGGUGAUCACGCUGGAAGGCUGGGUAGAGAUCAUGUAUUAUGUAAUGGAUGCCCACUCCUUUUACAACUUCAUCUACUUCAUUUUACUCAUCAUUAUUGGUUCAUUCUUCAUGAUCAACCUGUGCCUCGUGGUUAUUGCCACCCAGUUCUCAGAGACCAAACAGCGGGAGCACCAGCUCAUGCAGGAGCAGAGGGCACAGUGCCUCUCCUCCUCCACUCUGGCCAGCAUGGCUGAGCCGGGAGAUUGCUACGAGGAGAUCUUCCAGCUGGUCUGUCAUGUCCUCCGCAAGGCUAAGAGGAGAUCGGCAGCUUUCUAUUACACGCUGAGGGGCAAGCCCCCACCGGCUGGUGGAGGCAGGGGCAACAGGCGCGCUGGAGGGCACAUGAACGGAGAGCGUCAUCGUUUGAGGCACCCAAGAUCAUCCACUUGCCCACACCAAAGCAAGCAAGAGCACGUCUCUCAGCCAGAAGCCAACUCCAUCAGUCUGUCUGUUCCUCAAAACCCAGAGGACUGCCCUAUAUGUGCACUGUCACUGAAAGAUGGAGGCGAAGCUGUGGCAGACUCUGCCAACCACCAGGAAGACGAGGAGGGCACUGUAAAGGAAACGGACAAGGAGGAGAACCACUUGGAGGAGAAGGGCGAUGAGGAAGGGAACAAGAAGAAGAGGAGGAGGAGGAGGAGGACAUGCUUUGAAUAUUGUCAUGACCUUUGGAGUGGUAUGAGAAGGAAACUUUGGGGCAUUGUGGAGAGCAAGUACUUCAGCAGGGGCAUCAUGAUCGCGAUUCUCAUCAACACCAUCAGUAUGGGCAUCGAGCAUCACAACCAGCCCGAUGAGCUGACCAAUGUCCUUGAGAUCUGCAACAUCGUCUUCACCAGCAUGUUCACACUGGAGAUGAUCCUCAAGUUGACUGCUUUUGGCUUCUUUGAGUACCUGAGGAACCCCUACAACAUAUUUGAUGGCAUCAUUGUUAUCAUCAGUGUGUGUGAGAUCAUCGGCCAAGCAGACGGCGGUCUGUCAGUGCUCCGGACCUUCAGGCUGCUGAGGGUCAUUAAGCUGGUGAGGUUCAUGCCUGCGCUGAGGCGGCAGCUGGUGGUGCUGAUGAAGACCAUGGACAAUGUGGCCACCUUCUGUAUGCUGCUCAUGCUUUUCAUCUUCAUCUUCAGUAUCUUGGGGAUGCAUAUAUUUGGCUGUAAGUUCAGUCUGAAGACAGACGCAGGAGACACAGUGCCUGACAGGAAGAACUUUGAUUCCCUUCUCUGGGCCAUUGUCACGGUCUUUCAGAUUCUGACUCAGGAGGACUGGAACAUGGUGUUGUACAACGGCAUGGCGUCCACCUCACCCUGUGCUGCUCUCUAUUUUGUGGCUCUGAUGACUUUUGGAAACUACGUGCUCUUCAACUUACUGGUGGCCAUCUUGGUUGAGGGUUUCCAGGCUGAGGGCGAUGCAAACCGCUCUUACUCAGAUGACGACAGAUCUUCCUGUAACUUCGAGGAGAAUGAUAAGCAGAAAGACUCUCUGCAUCUCUCAGACCCCAAGAUCUGUACUCUGACUCCAAAUGGACACCUGGACUUGCCCUCGCUGCCUGCCGGUUUUUUCCCUGGAGAGAGGUUGACCUUCGCUCUUGGCUCCAGGAAGAACAGCGUUAUUUCUCUUGGCAGGGCAAACCUGGAGCAGAGGGCAGUGUAUCCAUGUCGUGGUUAUCACAACUGGGGUCGCACACUGCCUCCCCAUCCUCAGGCUUUGUGGGCCCGUCGUUCGAGCUGGAACAGUCUGGGAGGUGGUUGUCCAUACUCUUCCUCAUCUCCCUCUGCUAGUCCGGCCUUCACCUCCACCUCUGCGAGGCCCUUCUAUGGCUACGGCCUAGGUGGCCUCGGAGGGUUGGUCGGAGGAAGCCUCCGCAUCCGUGGUCCCCGCGCCUCCUCCUCCCAAAGCCGGCACCAGCACUACCCAGACCAGGAUGAGGAAGAGUCUCUUCUCUCCCCCCCUGCGGUGGCGUCUCACUCUCUUCACCUUCCCCACCCUAUGCUGCCUGGUCACUUUGUGCCCAGGAGAGACCGCAGAGCUCUAUCCCUGGAGCUGCCUCACCUGCUUCAGGUGCCUGGACCCCCACACCCUCCACUGCCACCGCACCACCCGCUGCCCCCCACGACGCUCCAUGCUCACCACAGGAAGAAGAGCUUCUCUGGGGGGAUGAUGAUUGGUGGGGGUGGUGGCGGUGGAUGCGACGGUCUGGGUGGUUUCGGAGGGACCCACCAAGACUGUAAUGGGAAGACCCCUCUCCCUCAGCUCCUCCAGCCCCCACCUAGACACAGAAAUGAACAGGCUGGAGGGGCAAACACCCAGAGCCACAUGGUGGCUAAUGUCUUCCCCCAGGUGAACGCACGCAGCAAGGAACGCGAGGAUCUGGAUGAUGACAUUGACUAUAGCUUGUGCUUCCGCAUCCAGAAGAUGUUAGAGGCGUAUAAACCAGACUGGUGUGAGACCAGAGAGGAUUGGUCGGUCUUCCUAUUCUCCCCACAGAACAAGUUCAGGCAGAUGUGCCAGUCCAUCAUAGCCCAUAAGCUGUUUGACUAUGUGGUGCUGGCUUUCAUCUUCUCCAACUGCAUCACAGUAGCUUUGGAGAGGCCCAAGAUAUUACAAGGCAGCUUGGAAAGAGUCUUUCUAACCAUCUCCAACUACAUCUUUACUGCCAUUUUUGUGGGCGAAAUGACACUCAAGGUGGUGUCCAUGGGUCUGUAUGUGGGGGAACAGGCAUAUCUGCGGAGCAGCUGGAACAUUCUCGAUGGCUUCCUGGUUUUUGUGUCAUUGAUUGACAUUGUUGUGUCAAUGGCAGGUGGGGCAAAGAUCCUCGGGGUGCUUAGAGUACUCAGGUUGCUCAGAACCUUGCGUCCCCUCAGGGUGAUCAGCAGAGCUCCAGGUCUGAAGUUAGUGGUGGAGACACUCAUCACUUCUCUCAAACCCAUUGGCAACAUUGUCCUCAUCUGCUGUGCUUUCUUCAUCAUCUUUGGCAUUCUUGGGGUACAGUUGUUUAAAGGCAAGUUCUUCUACUGCUUUGGCCCUGAUGUCAAAAACAUCACCAACAAGUCUGACUGUCUGCAAGCCAACUACAAGUGGGUUCACCAUAAAUACAAUUUUGACAACCUGGGACAGGCUCUGAUGUCCCUGUUUGUACUCGCCUCCAAAGACGGUUGGGUGAACAUCAUGUAUCAUGGUCUGGAUGCUGUGGCUGUGGACCAACAGCCAGUGACCAACAACAACCCUUGGAUGCUGCUCUAUUUUAUCUCCUUCCUCCUCAUCGUUAGCUUCUUCGUCCUGAACAUGUUUGUGGGUGUGGUGGUGGAGAACUUCCACAAGUGCCGCCAGCACCAGGAGGUGGAGGAGGCCAAGAGGCGCGAGGAGAAGCGACAGAAGCGCAUGGAAAAGAAGAGGAGAAAAGCCCAGAAGCUGCCCUACUAUGCCAGCUAUGGCAACAUGCGCCUGAUGAUCCACACACUGUGCACCAACCACUACCUGGACCUCAUCAUCACCUUCAUCAUCUGUAUCAACGUCAUCACCAUGUCCCUGGAGCACUACAAUCAACCUCAUUCUUUGGAUCUUGUGCUGAAGUACUGCAACUAUUUUUUCACCUCCACUUUUGUGCUGGAAUCAAUUCUCAAACUCAUCGCUUUCGGCUUUCGGCGCUUCUUCAAAGACAGAUGGAACCAGUUGGACCUGGCCAUUGUGCUGCUGUCAGUGAUGGGCAUCACCCUGGAGGAGAUUGAGAUCAGUGCUGCUCUGCCCAUCAACCCCACUAUCAUCAGGAUCAUGAGAGUACUGAGAAUAGCACGAGUGCUGAAGCUGCUGAAGAUGGCGACAGGAAUGAGAGCCCUGUUGGAUACAGUCGUUCAAGCCCUGCCUCAGGUGGGUAACCUGGGCCUGCUCUUCAUGCUGCUGUUUUUCAUCUACGCCGCCUUAGGAGUAGAGCUUUUUGGAGAACUAGUUUGCAAUCAAGAUUACCCAUGUGAGGGUAUGAGUCGUCACGCUACCUUUGAGAAUUUCGGCAUGGCUUUCCUUACAUUGUUUCAAGUCUCCACGGGCGACAACUGGAAUGGCAUCAUGAAGGACACCUUGCGGGAGUGCCCACCAGACCACAGAACCGAUGUGGACUAUGCCUGCAAUCCGAGCCUUCAGUUUAUCUCGCCCAUGUACUUUGUCUCCUUCGUGCUCACCGCCCAGUUUGUGCUCAUCAACGUGGUGGUGGCCGUGCUGAUGAAGCACCUGGACGACUCCAACAAGGAGGCCCAAGAGGAGGCGGAGAUGGAUGCAGAAAUUGAGCUGGAGCUGGCCCAGGGCACCCUCUGUUGCAUGGGUGCCCCCAGUUGUGGGGGUGGGGUUGUCGAGAAAGGACUAGUCAGUGUCGCACCAGGACCUGGAGGCCCGGCAGCAGCCAGGGAGCGAGGAGAUGGCCGAGGUGAGAAGGGAGACGGAGUGAGGAAGCUGCAACACUCAGUGGCCACUGCACACCAAGGACAGUACAACUCCUGUAACUCCACCCGGACCUUGUACUCACCAGCACAAGAGAGCCAAUGGCUGGAUAGCGUGUCUCUCCUGAUCAAGGAUACCUUAGAGGGGGAGAUGCUGAUGAUCGACAACCUUUCUGGUUCUGUCUUCCACCACUACUCAUCCCCGCCGCCCAUCUGUAAAGACUGCAAGAGCUACCCACAAGAGCAGAUCAAGAUGGCAGAGAUUGAACAGGCGUCACUAAAAUCAGAGCAACUGUCAGACAAGUCCUCAUCCCCUGCCCUACCGGACGACCUCAGCCUGGAUGAACAUACUGCCUACCAGCUCCUGGCACAGGAGGGCAAGAAAAGCUGCAGCAGUGACUCUCGCAGCUCUGAAGAAGCCAGGGGUGGGGGAAGUCAUAUAGGAGGCCACCAGACUCAGACAGUGGUGCAAAGCCUGGUGCAGGGGCUGGGCCAGUCCUGCAGUGCCCUCUGCACUGGUGUUGAGAUGGAAACGACGCUACAGGAGAUGGAGCUGCAGACACAUCAACCGCCUGUGUGCUCACCUCACUGCAGCCCCGAGUUCUUCCACCCUGCAGGAGCAGUCAUCCCAGCACCUCGGAGUCGGAGCCUGAGGCUGACAAGAGGACUUAGACUGACCUCUCCAGCCUCCUGGGCUUCACUCCGCUCCCCAGGAGUCCAUAGCAAGAUGCUCUGUACACAGUACCCCUCCCAUAGUGACUCAUCCCUUGCUACAGGCAGCUCUGAAGGCAGCCUCCAAACCACCCUGGAAGAGGGACUGAGCUUCAGCGUCUCUCCGCCACAGAACGUGGAGUUGCCGACAGCUCCCUUGCCACUUGUGUGCCCACUGCCUAAAGAGAAGACCAUUCUUACCUCAUCAGUGCAGACCCCGAGACCAAGGUGCAGCCCCGCGCCGGCUCUAACUCUUCAGGCCAUCAGGGGCCAUCAGCGGAGUCAGAGCAGUGGGAGAGGUAGCACAAGCCCAGGUUACGCCCAUGAGGACUCUAUUGACCCUUCAGAUGAGGACCUGGGUAUAGUCAUCGGAUCGUCUAUUGGUGGUUGUGGCUCAAGCCAAGCGGGCAACAGUGAACACUUGUCAGAGACACUAAGCAGCUUGUCACUGACAUCACUGCUGUCACCCAGCUCUCUGGUGUAUGCAGGGGGGGCAGUAAAGAAGUGCAACAGCACAGGCAGCCUGGACAAAGGCGGGAUGUUGCUGUCAUCCCGGGGCAAGGAGGGUCGCAGAGAGGUUCUGGGCCUCGAGCUUAUGGACUCCCAGGGCUUAUUGGCCAACCCCUGGACAGGGGUAUUAGUUGAUAAGAGAAGAGGAGAUGGAAGAGUGGAGAAAAAAGAUGGAGAGCAAGGAUUAAAGGGGAAGAGCUCAAGCCAAACAACAUUUGGGCCUUGUCGAGAAAACAGAUGAAACCCACUGUUUACCCUUUGUCUCUCCAUUCCUUGGAUCUAAACCCACUGCUGUCCCUCUUGCUCUCUCUGCUCCCAUCAGCGAGAGGCAGGCUCGAUGAUGCCCUGUAUUCCAGAACCAAACCCUCAUCUUCGCCUGUACAACCCCUGUCUAUACAUUUGUGACAAGCCCAUGUGCACUUUUAUGCUACCUAGGGGAGUGGUUUUGGUUAUGGUGUGCUCAUGAGACGGUGGCCUGCUGAAUUAAGGCCCGAGAGAGGACGCUGGGUCUCACAACACUCUUAAAAGUCUGUACCUGUAGAGGGCAAUGUGGAAGGUUCUGCUCACAUCACCAGGAGGCCCAUUCAUUUUAGGGAGGUCUCAGGAGCAGAGACAAGCAGAGCUUCAACCUCGAAGAAAAGAUUAAAAGUCUUUUUGUUGUCCUACUGUACUUUCGUCCGCUCUGUGUCGGCUCGAGUUGUCUGAGGUUCAAAAAAGCAAAAAUAGAAGUACCCAAAGUGAAAUGUCUAUUCACGCCAAGAGAGACUGUUUUGAUUUAUGUCUCAGAAGCAGUGCAGCAAGUAUGCAGGCAGCGGCGCAGAUAGGGCGGAAAACGUCGGAAAUAAGGUUCAGAAAAAAAAAGAGGGCAGGUCAUCUGUUUUGCUGGGAAAGCAGAAAGCGGAUCUAAUGUCCAUCUGCCCUGGCAGACGGAAACAACAGGUCCUACUCACUCCGGCACAGGACCUUCUGCUGAGAUCAGAGUAAAAUGUGAGGUGGAGGAGAGUUCAUGAGUGUGCUCAUAGUGCGUGUGCAUGUGUGUGAGUGCAAUGCCUCAGGUAUCCAAGGCAUGAAUUAAAUCAUUCUUAUCAUUUCACCAUACGUCUGUAUUAUCUGUUUUUAUUUUAUUUUAUUUAAAAAAACAAAAAAAAAAGAAAAGAAGAAGAGAUAGGUAUUGACUGAUCAAAGCUUUGUGCCUCUGUCACCUCGGUCUUGAGUGGCAGCUGAAAAUGAAAAGGAAAAGUGCGUAGGUAUCGCCGUGCAUGGAGUGGUUCUUGAAAUUGGUUAAUUUCUCCCUUCUAUCUUCAGUCUCUUACGCACUCAAACAUGAAGAAAUGAGUAUGAAGAAGAGCAAGGUUGGAUGGCGCUUUGGAAUCCUCAUCAGAAGACUCAGCGAUGCGGUCUCGUGUGCACCAGAUCCUGGUUUCGCAGCUGGAUGAUAAAGUCAGACUUUGAGCACACUCCUUUUUAAUGCCUCUUCCUCUCAGCAAGGAUUUAAGGUGAAUGGACACAACCAUUUGCAAGGGACUUUGACUGCAUGAUGGAUUUGCAUUUAACCAAGAUUUUUAUCCAUAUACAAAAGUGUAUCAAGAUGUCAAUGUUAGGUGAUAAACUUGUCAUUUCUAUUCCACUAUUUUUGUAGAAAAAAGAGAAUAGGCACGUGCAAAUGUUGCCAUUACUUUGUCCCAAUUUAAUUUAACCCAUCUGGUCUCUUUGACUUGUUUUCUAGGACUUUUUUGUCUGCUAGUGGCUUCCAGUUUUCUAACAUUUUUUAAGAUGUAGACGGUGUAUAGAACAACUAAGCAAAAAAUUUCAAACAGACUUGAUGCGCUGAAGUGAUUGUUCCCUCCAGCACAUUUCUCUUUGGGGAACAUUGGUUCCUUGUGGAUUUAUUUAUUUUUUUUGUCAACCACAGAUGGGAACAGCCAUAUUCACUUAGCCCUCACUUAGCUCACAGACAUUGCUUGCUGCACACAAGGAAAUUUAUUUGCUUUUUAGCCUCCUACGCUAAAACCACACACACAAAAGGUGUAAACCGUCUCUCUAUCAAAGCUUUAAUUUUAGACUUACACCACAACAUAUCGAUUAUGGACACGUUAGUGUUCCUUGAGCAUGGUUCCUGGAUUGCAAUACAGCAUGUUUUGUUUUUUUUGUUUGUUUGAUGACCGUGCACCCAUCUUCUCUUCCUUUUCCUCUUUACACAUCCAGUAUACUGUAGCAACCUUUACACUAUAUUUUGGUAUCACACUUGAGAGUGAAAAAGUGAACAAAGCUUUGCAUCUUUUAAUGCAAACAUAUUUUUUGGCUUCUGCCACUUAAUUACUCUAUCCAAGAGGGGAAGCUCAUCUGUAAGCUUAAUUUCUAGAGUUAGACUGUUGUAUUUUGAUCAUUACCUUACUUUUCUUUAAUUCCUCCAAAAGAAUUAGGUGAUGAGAGGAAAUCUGAGCAUUAUCUUUCAUGCAAAGUAACUUUUACAGUGUGACUAUGUUUUAUCAUGAUAAAUGACAGUUGUGUGUGUGUGUGUGAGAAAGAGUGUGUGUUUAUGGUUGUAGGGAAAGCGAAUGGCGUUUUUCUGUGUCCCGUUUGUUGGUGAAGAUACCUGGAGAGUAAACGGAUGAAGAGGGGAAAUAUAAAGCAACCAAGGGCUGUUUAAGUUUCAAAGAUGUGUCAUUUUAUCUUUGCGAGACAAAUCCUUGUGUCAGUGAACAUGGCAUCAAAGGUUAAAGCUUGACUACACAGCAAUAAAUGUUCUAUGUGUAUGCCCUGAGUAAAUGAUGUCAACGUGAUUUUUAUCUCCUCAGAAUACAACAGUAAUCAUUACUGUCUGUUUUUGCAUCUACUUGUCUGAACUUAGAACCAGUCAAAUAGCACUUCUGCCGUCUCGGCACAGAGAUGGACUGUAUUUGGACAACGUGAAUAAAUGAGAUUAUUCAACUCAGGUCGGGGGGUAAAAACCACUUGUAAAAAUUUGGGUGUAAGGGUGUGCUCAGGCUGAAUGCAAAGCUGAUUUCCCUCUUGUUUGCACAACUUUGAUAGUGGGAGUGUUUCUGUGCCCCCGGUUUAUAUGUUACAGAACAGCCGAACACACCGGGCGUUAGCCCUAACGAGCUAACGAUGCAUCGACUGUGUGUGUGUGAGCAGAUUAUGCCUUUGUACCGUAUGUGUGCGUUACAGCUCCGAGUCAUGGUUUGACAUUCUCCCUCCUCGUCUUUGUUUGUGGAGUCAAGUUCAGCAGCAAACACCACGUUAUAUUGUACGUUUCAGCAUUUGUAAUGUGUGUGUGUGUGUGUGUGUGGACACGUUACCUUGACCUUUCCUGUGCGCACGCCCACAUUUAAUUAGUACGCUGUCAUGCUGCCUCCGAGAUUGGCUUUGCUUUUGGCCUGAACACACCUCAAGAGUGUACAAUUCACAUUUGUACAUAUCUUUGUAUGCUGAUCUGCAUGUGUGCAUUGCUGCCGGUGACCAUGAUUAUAUCACUAGUAUGUAUUUCAUAAAAUUGUACAAAGUCAAAGGUGUUGAUUCAGUGUUUAUUUGACUGCUGAUAUGAAACCACUAAAGUGAUCCCCACAA